AUGGUGCACGGGCACGGCUCCUCGGUCCGGUUCGUCUCCCUCACGUACUCUUCCCUGGACUGCUGCAUCAUUAACGAGAGCCAGCGCCGGCUCCCAUUGGCCGGGGCGGGCGCAGCGCCGGGGCCGCGCCGCCAUUGGGCGCGCCGGGGCUGGCAGGUGGAGCGGCCGAGCGCAUUGGCCGCGCGGGGCCGGCGAGCGGCGACGGGGAGCGGCGAGCGGGGCUGCCUCUGCCCGGUGCCCCGACACUGCCCGCUGCCACUGCCGCUGCCCUGCUCCCUAUUCCCUGCCUGCCCACUGCCCUGCUCCCUAUUCCCUGCCUGCCCACUGCCCUGCUCCCUAUUCCCUGCCUGCCCACUGCCUGCCCGCUGCCCUGCUUCCUAUUCCCUGCCCGUGGCUGUCAGCGCUGCACCAGAACGGGGACCGGGGCUGCCUCUGCCCUGUGCCCCGACACUGCCACUGCCACUGCCCUGCUCCGUAUUCCCUGCCUGCCCACUGCCUGCCCACUGCCCUGCUCCCUAUUCCCUGCCUGCUCACUGCCUGCCCGCUGCCCUGCUCCCUAUUCCCUGCCUGCUCACUGCCUGCCCGCUGCCCUGCUUCCUAUUCCCUGCCCGUGGCUGUCAGCGCCGCACCAGAGCGGGGAGCGGAGCUGCCUCUGCCCUGUGCCCUGACACUGCCGCUGCCACUGCCCUGCUUCCUAUUCCCUGCCCACGGCUGUUAGUGCAGUGGCCAGAGCGAGGCUGCCUCUGCCCUGUGCCCUUGGCACUGCCACUGCCACUGCCCUGCUCCAUAUUCCCUUCCUUGCCUCCUAUUCCCUGCCUGUGGCUGUCAGCACAGCGGCCGGAACAGGGCUGCCCCUGCCCUCUGCCACUUCUUCCUAUUCCCUGCCUGCUCCCUGCCUGCUCCCUGCCCUGUCCCAGUCCGCAGGUGUCAGAGAAGCAGGCCGGAGCGGGCAGGACCGGGCUGCCUCUUCCCUCUGCCCACUGCAACUGCCACUGCCCGCUGCCCUGCUUCCUAUCCCCUGCCUGCUCCCUGCCCUGCUUCCUAUUCCCUGCCCACGGGUGUCAGCAGAGUGGGUGAGGAGCGGGGCUGCCUCUGCCCUCUAUCACUGCUUGCUGCCCACUGCCCACUCCCUGCUUCUGUUCCCUGCCCGUGGGUGUCAGCGGAGCGGCCGUGCGACUGGCCGUGCCCACUGCCCACUGCCCGCUCCCUCCUUCUGUUCCCUGCCUUGCUCAGUGCCCUGCUCCUGGCCCACGGGUGUCAGCGGAGCAGCCGUACAACCAGGGCUGUCCUCUGCCCACUGCCCGCUGCCCUCUGCCCGCUCCCUAUUCCCUGCCUGCUCCCUGCUGUCAGCAGAGCACCGUGUGAGCGCUGGGCUGCCCUCUGCAACCUGAAUGUUGAUCCCAGUACUCAGCACCAGCAGCUGCCCCUGUCCUACUCCCUGCCUGCUCAUUGUCUGUUGCCCGUCUGCUCCUCCUGCUCCCUGCCCUUCUCUGCUUGCUCCCAGCUCCCUGCCCACCACUCCCUGCCCGCUGCUCGCUCCAUGCCCACCUCUGAUCCCGGGAUGCCAGGCGUCCCUCGGGCAGGAGCUGGUCACUGCUGGGUGUGCUGGGCGCAGCCCUUCACCCAUGGGUGCUCCCAGGAGGUCUCGUUUCGCCGUCCAGUCGCGACAACGACGUGUCAGAGCUGCAGCCCACGGUGCAGGGGAAAGUACUGGGGUUCAGGGCUUUUCUCCUUGCUUCCUUCUCCCUUGCGAGGUGCUGGAGCAGCACUGUAAACUGCUCGGGGCAGGGAUUGCACCUGGAAAUUAUGUUGUGGGAAUAGUUAAAGAAAUGAAAACGACUCUUGCCCAAAGUCAGCUUUUGUUUGCACAAGUGUGGGUUUGCCACAGGCUUGGUAACAUCACAGAGAGAUGGAGACUGCCUUCAGUGAUGGGUCUGUAAAGGUUUGCAAAAGAGUAACAGCAUUAGAAAGCAAGGACGGAAGGAUUGGGAACUGGUUAAGGAUGAAUGGGAGACUGAGGGCAGAGAGCAGCUCGAAAGAGAGGAUAAGGAAGUGAAGGGGAGAACACCUUUCCCUCGUAACCAUUUACUAUACUAUUCUUUCACCUCUCUUCUUAAAGCGCCCAGCAAUGAAGAUGGCAGCUCUGCCUGGAAGUGCUGAGGACGCAGCCAGCCUUGAGCUUGGUCUUCUGGCCGAGGGAGUCUCCCGAUUAUGCAGUGGAGUGGUACGGUGGAGAUGAAGGAUUUUCUCCCUCAGCCUGCAGCCAUGCACAAGAUGUGUCUUCCUCUGGAAGCUGGUUUCACAUGGUGGCUUAGAUUUUCCCACUUUGUAUCUAGCACCAUUUGAAAUCAGUGUUCUAGGAGCAAGAAUUACAGCGUGGGAGGAGACCAAGCACCUGCUCACUUCAACAUCCUCUGCUCCUCAAAUCAGCCCCUUUUCCAAAGGUUAUUUUUUUGCCAGCCAUCCAUUUUGUAACAUCAUCUGAUUUCUAGACACUUCUCCAACCACUGUAUGCACCCUCCCAAGCCAGGGCCACACCAGCACAGCCUCCUGCUCCUGUACUUCUGCUUAAUAAACAAUGGAUAUGAGUUCAAGUUGUCCAGAGUAAAGUGAUCCGCAAGUUGCAUGAAAACCAAUGUGGUAUCUUUUGUACCUUGACAGGCAGAGUAUGUUUGAUACCCAAAAACUAAGAUCAACCUUUAAUUUAUUGCCUCAGAGCAAAAGGAUUUCCACCCUCUACUUGGGGACCCCAUCACCACAGGAUUCUCAUUCCACAGCUCUGCAAACACAGAAAUUCCCCCAACCAUUUGACCUCAGCAGUCAGACACAGAAGUGCCUUCAGCAAUCCCAGAUUGGCUUGGGUUGGAAGGGACCUUAAAGAUCAUCCUGUUCCAAGCCCCUGCCACGGGCAUCAUGAGGAUGCCACACAGCACACACACAACCCACUCCUUUUUCCAGAAUCACUUCUCAGCACACACAGAACCUGCUCCUUUUUCUAGCAUAAUUUUCCAGUUUGCUGCUGGUACGUCCUAGCAAUAUUUCACUUCUCCAGCCCUGCAUCCCAACCUAGAACGAAGCUGAACUCUUUUGUUUGCCCUCCCUGCUGUCCAGCGUGUUCCCAGACAUGGAAAAGCUGAUCCCUGUAUGGAUGAAGGUUUGAUCAGAGCACUGAGUAGUCAUCUCUAAAGAAUGCAUAGCUGUCAUCUACAAGAGGAUCCUUCUCUGAGCCAGGAAAACGUCUCUUACACAGGCUGACCGAUUUCUCUUGGUGUUCAGAGUCUCAGUUUUUGUCUAGCACCAUUUGAAAUCGGUUAUGAUGUAGGGGGAAAAGCAACAGCAAUGGGAAACUUCCUUCCCUCACCCCCCAGGCCACAAACAAACACCAUCCAGAGCACGACCUGGCCUCCCCAACACCACUGGCUUGCUGUUCUCUGACCUGAAGUUCCCCCACAGGCUGAACAUCCUGCACACAAGGAGGACAGUCAGCAUCCCCUUCAAGUGAGGAUGGGAUGCUUCCAGACAGAGAGAAGCAUCUCUUCAAACAUAACUCAGCUUCUUCAACUCGAGCAAGCCAGGGCCUGGGUGUGACAACACAGCCACCCAGCCUUCUGACCACUUCUACUCCAUGUGCUGUUUGUUUGCCUUAACCUGUUCUUUACACAGAUAUUUUUUUUUCCUUUUAAAUAAAAUUGUGUGCUC